AUGUCAGAAUACUUUUUUACUACAGUGUUAACGUAUCACGAACAGAUUUUGAUCCCAAGCGCCAAUAACAUCGACAACGCCACCGACACGGCACAGGCGCCGCCAGCCACCGGUCACGAAAGGGCCGUGACGGCGCCUGCCAUGGUCGUUGACCCGCCAACCCACGGAAGGGGCGAGGACGUAGACGAGAGGAUUCUCAAGAUGCUGAUGGGACUCGAAGGCCGCAUGGAGCGCAUGGAGUCGUCCCAGAUGCAGAUUGACGAAAACGAACGACUCCGAGGAGCUAUCGAGAGUGGACUUUUUACCUCUCUGCUCGGUCGCAACAUGGGCAACGCUGGCCCAUUGAACCUGGACGCACUUGGGAACUCGCCCAGAGGCGACAAGUAG